AUCGUGUAGUGCCUUCGCCAUUUGGGGUGACAAUGCUGCAUUCCGGUUCCUGGUGCCGAUUGGCCGCGCUUAAAGUGACACAGAUGAGCGAGGUCCACCCUUUAAGGGUGGAAAGAGAUAAGACCCACCCUCCACUCCACCCCCGCGCACAAAAGAGGCUGUCAAUAAAUGGAGAGCGCUGUGGUUACUUUUGUCGUGAUCUGAAGCCGACCACAAACUGUCCUGCGUCGGGGUGAACUGAUUGGAAAGGGGCCGGCGCUCCAGAAGGAUGACAGCAACGUGGCUUGUUCCGAGAACUCCAAGAAAUACCGUCAGGGUGGAGUGUCUAGCUUACGACAGAGAGUAGUAGGAAAUGAGCUGCGACCAGAUGUUUGGCCACUGGAGGGAGUUUGCACUUGUGCUGAAGUGACUAGGGGGACGUGGCAGAGAUUCAAAACCAGCGAGGGCGGAAGAGAAAAGUCCAGGACAAAGCCCUCUGGGAGACUGGGUCCAGAGGAGAAGCCCAGUGUGGGACGCCCAACAGCGAAGUCAAGAACAUUUCCCCACCUCGGGGACAAACUGAGGCUGGAGACCAGGAUUUAAGGAUCAUUUGAGAUGUCGGAUUCCCUGGUGGUGUGUGAAGUGGACCCGGAGCUAAAGGAAAAGCUGAGGAAAUUCCGUUUCCGAAAAGAGACCAACAAUGCAGCCAUCAUAAUGAAAGUGGACAAAGACCGGCAGAUGGUGGUGCUGGAGGAAGAAUUCCAGAACAUUUCCCCAGAGGAACUUAGAUCGGAGUUGCCAGAGAGACAGCCCAGGUUUGUGGUCUACAGCUACAAGUACUCGCAUGCUGAUGGCAGGGUGUCCUACCCUCUGUGUUUCAUCUUCUCCAGCCCUGUGGGCUGCAAGCCUGAGCAACAGAUGAUGUACGCCGGGAGUAAAAACAGGCUGGUGCAGACGGCGGAGCUUACUAAGGUGUUUGAAAUCCGCACCACGGAAGACCUCACCGAGGCCUGGCUUCAAGAAAAGUUAGCUUUCUUUCGUUGACCAUUGAGCCAGGGAUUUGAAGUCCUUAUGUCUGAAGACCCAGACUCCUAGGAUAAUGAACAUCCAAGAUCUAAAUAAAGGUUAAAAAUUCA